AACUUCAUUUUCUGCCACUACAUAGGUGCACUGUGUAACUUUUUGGUUGGGGAUCUGUCACCUGCUUGUUUCUAUGUCAUUGGAAUGUUCCACAGUAUGACAUUAAACAGCUGUACCUUACAUUUAUUCAAUUACGCAUGGUUUUAUAACUCAAAAAUACUUAGAAAAACAGACAUUCUAACAGUGAGCAGGUUUGCCUCUCCACAAAUCUGACUUGUAACUUGGUUUGGUUUGGUCUCCAAGGUAAUAGGUUUAAUGCCAUACUGCGAAACAUUCCAGACAAAGCAACAUCGCCAUGGAGUAAAAUUUUCAGCCCAAAUCUGUAUCAAAAUCAGCAUGUCUGAAGCCUUAUAAAACCUCAAAGUCUGUGCGAAAUACUUUUACUUUUUACUCAGGAAGUUGGUGUCAGGUAGUCAUUUUAGCUUUUAAAACCUCAAAAUCUGUGCAAAAUACUUUUACUUGUUACUCUUAAAGUACAUUUUUAAUAGGUACUUUAAAACUUUUACUUAAGUCAAUUUUUUUCCAUGUGAAUAAGUAUUUUUUGUUCUACCAAAACUCAAUCACUGCUAGAGAAUGGCAAACUUUACUUCAAAAAAAUAUUAAGGGUCCAAAAAAUGACUCAAGUAAGUAUUUAGGAAAAAAAGUAUUUGGAAAAACUACUACUCAGGGAAGAGUAAUUUAAAGAGUAACAUCUGAUUUAUAAUUUGAAGUGAAUGUAAUUGUAAGGACAAAAUGUUAAACAGUACACAAAAUCUGCCAUUUUCAAGAAAUUGUACUUUUCUAGCAGGGUACUUUUACUCGAACGUAAUGUUUUUGUUGAAGUAACAGUAUUCUCAGUUCAGUAAAAGUUUUGGUUACUCUUCCCUUCCCUUUUUGGACUUCAAAUAUGAGUUAGCUUUUCCAUUUUUUGUGUCUAUCCCUUCAAAAUACCAGCUUCUAUGCAUUAUUGAACAUUUUGUCUUACUUACUUUGUACUAACUUACUAUAGUUACGUCCUGAAGUUACUCUUUAAGGGCUCUUACUUGCGUACUUUUCCCAAAUACUUUAUUACACAUACUUGAGUCAUUUCUUGGACCGCUAAUAUUAUUCUGAAGUAAAGUUACAGUUACUCGAGUACAAUUUCCAGCUGUUCUACCCACCUCUGCCAAGACCAAGCCAACAGUUGCCAUUCUCUAGCAGUGAUUUGGUUUUGGCUUUUUUCUAAGAUCAUAACCAGAUGUGUUUCAAUAUUUGUCUGUAUUCAGCUUGUCUUUUGGAUUCGUUUGAAGUGGCAAAACCUCAUCUGCUGUUAGGAUUCCCUGUGUUAGUUGGCAUGGCAACAACAGAGAGAAUAAGAACAAGAAACAAAAACAAGAAGAAGAAACAAAACCAAAUUGUGUAUCUCGGUAUUUUGUCGUCACACGUGAUAGAAUUCUCAGUUUGCUUAACAUUAAAGGUGCACUAUGUAACCUCUAAGGUAGCGGGUCUGUUACUUAUUUAUUUCUUUGCCUUGAAAGUUCCACAGUAGGGCUUUAAACCUGCAGUAUCUCCAUUGCAUUUGUUCAAUUACAGGUGUUUGAUAGCUGUAAAAUACCUUAAAAACAAGAAUUCUUACCAUGUGCAGGCUUGCUUCUCCAUAGAUCUGACCAUAUUUCCAUGGAGACAAAAAGGUGACGGACCCUCCUCCAGAAAAGUUACACAGUGCACCUUUAAACCAAUAGAAAUUUUAAAAUGCUAAAUAGUAAAGUUAGCGUUUCUUCAAAACUAUUGUAGUAUUUACCAGUAGGGACUUAUUAGUGUAUGUGCUUGUUUUGGCACACUUCAAAAAUGGUAGGUUUCCAUGGUAACAGUCAUUUUUGAUGUUCCAUGCUGCGCUUUAAACAUAUUUAGUUUUUGUUUGUUUUUUUCGUUUUUUUUUUUUUUACAUUUUUACUGUUAUAAAUGCUCAUUUUGUUGAAGGUGCACCACAAGGAUCAGUCAUGGGCCUUCACUUUUUUCACUAAAUAUGAUAGCAGUUGGAUUUAAUUUGAGGAAAUACACAAUUUUGUUGCUUUGGGGUUUUGACAUUAGCCAGAUUUACACGCCUUUAAACAAUUACUACCCGAGACUGUCAAAUUUACUGCUAAUACCACAUUGUUACACUAACUGUUGCAUUGUAAUGGUGGUUGAAACUUUUGAUUUGAAUACCUUAUUUUUUAGUUUGGACAGAUUUAGUAUUGUUUUGUGUACUAACCACACUCAGCAAAUUCAGUAAUGACUACAUGGUCUCUGAAGGCAGUGGAGGGCGGAGGAGCUACCACGCCUGACCAGCUCCCCCAGCAACAGAGCGUGACGCCAUGCAUUUGAACCCCAGUACAGGGAGAUUCUACUACAAAUCAGCUACAAGUUUACUAUUAAUUAUUGAGUGAAUGCUUGAAAAUUCUGGGCUCAUGGCUAAGGGCUGCUCUAGCGCUCAGUUCUGGGACUCCCUGCUUAACACCUGCAUGCCCUGUCACCUCAUCUGUCACAAGCAGGAUAUCAUCAGCAGAUGCAAAAAGUUCUGUGUGAUCUCCCAGUGUAAUGAACGGGUGCAGCACUACUAUGACGGAUUACUCAAGACUUGUGCACGCUGUCCUGAGAAAUGCACGGAUCAGAACGAUGGGUGCCCUCGAAACUGCCUGAAAAGGACGACAACUGCUGCUGCCAGAAGAAUGACACUGCCCCCUGCUGGCGCCAACGCACACAGCACCCUGGACCCUAACAUCGUGCUCUACCCAAAGAGGACUACCACUGCUGCUGCCAGAAGAAUAAUAACUAAACCUGUCCAGACACUGCCCCCUACUGGCGUGACCACACACAACACCGUGGACCCGGGCACCUUGGUCCCUGACAUCCUGCUCUACUCUUUCUGGGCUCUUUGUUCAGUGCUAGUGCUGACCAGCCUGGCUGUAGCACUGAGGGUCAUUCUGAAGGAGACAAAGUCCAGAUCAGCCAAGACUGGAGAUAAACGAGCUCAAGUUGCUCUGAACAUGGAUAUGGUUCUACCACAAGAAGAAACGCAGCUCAGAUGUGAUCCCUCAGACUGCUCCAUUCCCACUGAGAACUGCGUGUGUGUGCAUUGCUUCCCUGAUCUGAAAAGCAUGGACCAGGACUGUCCAAUCAUAGUGGCUCGUUCAAACCAAGAGACGGCGCCGGAGGUUCAGCAUGCAGGAGAUGAAUGGGCUGGCAGGGACAUCUACACUUCAGGCUCAAAUUUGCUUCAUGUGGGAGCCGUGGGCUGGAGUGACUGCAUAUAUUCAAUACAUAAUGAUGGGUGUCAGUGAGUUCUUACUGAAGGAAUAAAAGGAUAAAAUGCAACUACAAAAGGUUUAUUAUUAUCAGUGGACAAUAUGUACUGUCAAAACCUGGGCCUUCCUCUUCAGAGUACAAAUAUUCAAUAGAAACAUUUGAGUUCAUAUGAACCUACAAAACAUCCAAACUACAGGAGAGCUGAAGGAGACACCAUGUGACAUGUUGGAGUUUGUUUUAUUCGAGUGUUUUUCACACGAUCCAGUUCUUGCAGCAGUUACAUGUGAGGAAUGAUGACCAGACCAAACUAUUGAGGUUUCACCAUAGUCUCGAACAUACAAAUGUACAUAUUACAUACAUACAUGUGAACAGUCCAUCAAACUGUGAUACCAGCUCAGACGGCAUGCUUAAUGCAAGUACUGAUUCAGUACACCACAUAGGACAUACGCACGUGCACACUCACGUGCAUACUCACUGCAUACUCACCAUACACACACACACACACGCACACACACAGUAGAUAGAGCGACAUGCGGCACACUGACACUGCAGGAGCAGCUCACACUCCACUGACAACAGCCUGUAGUUUACCUGAAAGAGUUAACCAACAUGUGAAACAUGGACACCACAACCAUGAGGGUGAAACCAGACAAAAGAACAGCCAACAGCUGAACACAGAAUGUGCACUUUUUUGCUGUGGUGUAGAAAAAGAAUGAGCGCACUAUGCAACACAAACAACACUGAGUGUAAGAAUGGACAAACAAGUAGGUACAGUAUGUAGAAAAAUAGAUUUCCUCCAUUCCUCCUUCAGGACUGUGAAGUACGAGGGACACAAAGAAAAGUAUCUACAGUCGUGACUCACAUCAGUAACAAAACGCUGGCACAUUGUCCAUGAAGAAGAAUCAGAACGCGUUGCAUUGAGAUCAGAAUACACAAUGACAUUAUUUUGACUUGACAUAUUUGGUCAUGGUGCGUUGCGCAAACAUGUAGAGUAGGAGUGUGCUUAGUGACAGGUGCAGAGCGACAGGUGAAAGCAGCUCUCACACAGUCACACCUCAGUCCUCCAGGAGAAGUCCAGAUUCACAGUUGAAUGUUGCAGAUGUGUCUGCAGUGUAGAGCCACAGUCUGGGCCUGAGCCUGUACAUGAUACUGGACUGUACACUCAGUCGUACACUAAGGGCUUUUCCUUAUGUCCCAUGCACAUGGAGCAAAGUCCGGCCUCUCCAGGGCUCUUACUCGUACUCUAGGAACUGCUUGUGGUAGAACAGCAGAUACCUGAGAACACAGAGGAACACCAAGUCAGAUGCCCUUCUACACAUACAGUGACAUACAUUUACAGUGGAGCUCACCCCUCACUGUCCAGGACGUCCUUGAUGCUGGCCUUAGUGAUGAUGGCAUCAUCACAUUUGAACCACUGGUCCUUGUGCUGCCUUAUGAAGGUCGUGUAGUGACCGCUCUCUAGUGUACCCUGGUGGUUUACCACUGCAAACAGGCUGUACCUAAUGGAGAGCACAACAGUCGAUUGAGUUCAGCUAAAAUCUAUCUACCUUAAGAGGAGAGACAUCCAUGCUAAAUUAUAAUUAUAUCAAGUCUAGUAUCCCUUGAAAAAAGAACCAGCUUCUGUUCUAAUAACAAAAAAUACAGUGUCAUUACCUUCCACUUAGUUUGUACAUAGAUGUUUCAUCUUGUUUUCUCUGACACAAUCUUUCUGCCUUUAUUUUCUACUAAUUAAAAAUUAUGUGAAAGUU